AUGUGCAACAAAUUGUUGGAUUCAUGCACAGUAGCCCCACAUGAGGCUGAACUGUACUGCAAACAAUGCCAUGGAAGAAAAUACGGGCCAAAAGGAGUCGGUUUUGGACUUGGAGCCGGCUGUUUGACAACGGAUUCAGGCGAAAAAUUCGGCGGAGUUAGAGAAACGUCAGAGCAAUCUGUACAGAAGUCCACUACAAAAGCAAACCUGCACGAGGCUUAUUAUCUAAUAAUGUUGUGCUUUAUAAAACAGAAACCGACCAAUGACCGCAGAAGCCUUCACAGCACCGAUCAAUCCUUCGCACAGCUAGAAUACAUCUUAUGUGUAGAAGAUCAGUUUCAAUUGUUAUUAUCAUUUGUAUAA